AUGUCGUCGAGACGACCGAUCUAUAUCAACUCCCCCGCUGCGACGGAACGCUGUGAAGAGCCACAGUCGGGCGCCGUCACGAAAUUCCAUCAGUCGCUGCCCAAUUAUUCUCCGACUCCAUUGGUUCCAUUGCCAGAGCUUGCAGCUGAACUGGGAGUUCGGGCCGUGUUCGUCAAAGACGAGAGUGAUCGCUUCGGCCUGCCUUCUUUCAAGGUUCUGGGCGCAUCGUGGGGGUGUUUCCGUGCCGUUGCACAGCAGCUUGGAUUGCCGCCAACUGCAUCUCUAGAUGAAGUUUCGACGGGCGCAAAAGCGAGCGCCAUUACUCUUGUCGCAGCGACAGAAGGAAAUCAUGGCAGGGCUGUGGCGUUCAUGGCCCGGCUUUUGGGAAUCGAUGCGCAAAUCUUCGUUCCUCGGUCAAUGGACGAGCGUACCCGCGGCUUCAUUGCGGGGGAAGGCGCCAGCGUUGUGAUAUCGCCGGGAUGCUACGAUCAAGCAGUCUAUGAGGCAUCAGACAGGGCAACUAAGCUCCCUGGUGCUCUCUUGAUUCAAGACACUGCAUUCGAAGGAUACGAAAGUGUUCCUGCAUGGAUUGUGGAGGGAUAUUCGACCAUGAUGAAUGAGGCCGAGCAACAAGUCGCUCAACUCGGGCUCACUACCACUGUUAUGGUCACGCCGGUUGGGGUCGGUAGUUUCGCACAUGCAGUGGUGCGACAUUGCAAGUCUAGAAAGACCCCCGUGUCGGUCGUUGCCGUUGAGCCGGACUCUGCUCCUUGUUUGUCCAAAAGUUUACAAGCGGGAAAGUCAGUCAGCGUGGAGACAACCUCUACAAUCAUGGACGGAAUGAACUGUGGCACUGUCUCGAUGACUGCAUGGCCGGAUUUACAGCGGCUUGUCGAUGCGUCUGUCACGGUCUCGUCUUAUGAGAGUCAUGCCGCUGUCCAGCUGCUUACCUCCAAGUCGGUUCCAGCUGGCCCUUGUGGCGGCGCAUCUUUGGCUGCAUUGCGCCGGCUAGGUGCAGAAUUGAGCGGAUCUUACAUUCUCAACAAGGAUUCCGUUGUCGUCCUUCUUAGCACCGAAGGUGCACGCGAAUAUCCUCUCCCACGCGAUGUUUCCGUGGAAGAUGUGGUGGGCUUGACACAAACACUCACCCAGAUCAACUCUUCCAACCCCACACUGUCCGUCAGCGAUGGUGUGGGUGAGAGUGAAAUUGCAGAUUAUCUUUCGGCAUGGUUUGCGCACCGCGACAUCGAAUUCCACCGCGUGGAGCCAGUCGCUGGCCGGCCGUCCGUCGUUGGUGUCCUUCGGGGAACUGGCGGGGGCAAAUCUCUCAUGUUCAAUGGACAUAUUGACACAGUCAGCCUGUCUAGUUAUGAAGCAGACCCGCUUUCUGGAGCAUUGGGCUUGAAAGACGGCAAAGAUGUUGUCUUCGGUAGAGGCAGCUUGGAUAUGAAAGGUGGAGUGGCAGCUGCACUGGCUGCAUUGUCGUCGAUUAAAUCCAGUGGUCAAGUUCCGCGGGGCGAUAUUAUCGUCGCUGCCGUGUCCGACGAGGAAGACGCUUCUCAAGGAACUCAGGACAUUUUGGCUGCUGGCUGGAGAGCCGAUGCAGCAGUCGUUGCUGAGCCAACGAUGAAAGCCAUUGCGACUGCACACAAAGGCUUCGUAUGGAUCGAGGUUGAUAUUUUGGGUGUUGCUGCUCACGGAUCCGACCCAUCUGCAGGAGUCGAUGCCAUUCUGCACGCUGGAUGGUUCUUGCGGGCUCUCGACCAGUAUCAAGCCAAGCUACCGGUGGAUGACCUUCUCGGGCAAGCAUCAAUGCAUUGCAGUUUGAUUCGAGGCGGCGAAGAGCCGUCCUCCUACCCUGGAAAAUGCACGAUUACUGUCGAGUUUCGGACUGUCCCAGCUCAAUCAGAAGAGUCCAUCCUCGGCGACAUCUCUACAAUACUUCGGGAAAUCACCAAGGAAAACCCUCACUUCCGAUACGCCGAUCCUCGAAUCACGAUGUCCCGGCCCACUCAGAAGCUUGCUACAGAUCAUCCUCUCGUUGAGAAGGCGGUUGAAUGUGGAACUGCCAUCUUUGGAACUAAGCCCGUUGUGCAAAGUGUACCAUUUUGGUGUGAUGCAGCCUUUUUGGGCCAAGCCGGAAUCCCAUCAAUCGUUUUCGGCCCUACAGGCGCAGGAUUACAUAGCAAGGAAGAGUGGGUUGAAGUCCAAAGCUUGAAAGAGAUGGAGAAGGCUUUCACUCGCCUCGCACGAGACUUUUGUAAUUAG